AUUUUAGAUUAGUCACUCAUUAGUCAUUCUUAGGGCAGUAGAUUAUGAAAGGGAUGAAGGAAAAGAAGAAAAAAAGAAAAAACCCUAUGUCAUGUUCUUUCAAAGUCCGCUUCGAUUGGAUCGAAGCGUGAAUAGGGGUGAUAUCAUGACUCUUCCUCUUCUCUCUCUCCUCCUUUCCUUACUUCUUCCUUCUCUCUCCUUUGCUUUUCUGCAACCAAAACCUCCGUUACAAUAAGCCCCAAAGGAAAACCCUAGAUCUCCUUCCUGAUCGCACCCUUCAUCAAUCUCUCUGCCUUCUCUUUUAGUCAUUUUUUUCUAUUUUGGUCAAACGGUCUUGUAGUCGUCUGUUUAUGUUUCGUUGAUUUAGCAACAAAAGUCGUUCUGCGUUUCUUCUCGGGCCCCGAUUGCCAUGGGCCUUAGAUUGGCCUACUGGUUUCGGCGUUCGUUUGUUGUUCGAUUCGGAGAAUUGGAGAGGAUGAAGCGGUUGGCAGGGUUUGAGUGGCUUUGAUUUUCUUUGUGCUAUUCUAUCGGGAUUCGGGAGUUAAGGUUUCGACUCUGCUUGGGAGUUUGAAUUUCGUUGAUGGAGCCUCGCGUGGGGAACAAGUUCCGACUGGGUCGUAAGAUCGGUAGCGGCUCGUUUGGGGAGAUCUAUCUUGGUACCAAUAUUCAGACAAACGAAGAGGUUGCCAUUAAGCUUGAAAAUGUCAAAACAAAGCAUCCACAAUUACUAUAUGAAUCAAAGUUGUACAGAAUUCUCCAGGGAGGAACUGGAAUUCCAAAUGUGAGAUGGUUUGGUGUUGAAGGAGACUAUAAUGUUCUUGUAAUGGAUUUACUUGGACCUAGUCUGGAAGAUCUGUUCAACUUUUGCAGUAGAAAGCUCUCCUUGAAGUCUGUUCUUAUGCUUGCUGAUCAGAUGAUCAAUCGAGUUGAAUUUGUUCAUUCAAAAUCAUUUCUGCAUCGAGAUAUCAAGCCAGACAAUUUCCUAAUGGGCUUGGGAAGGCGUGCAAAUCAGGUCUACAUCAUUGACUUUGGUCUGGCUAAGAAGUAUAGAGAUACAUCAACCCACCAACACAUUCCUUAUAGAGAAAAUAAAAACUUAACGGGAACUGCAAGAUAUGCAAGCAUGAACACUCACCUUGGUAUUGAACAAAGUCGCAGGGAUGAUUUAGAAUCUCUUGGAUAUGUUCUUAUGUAUUUCCUAAGAGGAAGUCUUCCUUGGCAGGGACUCAAGGCAGGAACCAAGAAACAAAAAUACGAAAAGAUUAGUGAAAAGAAGGUUUCCACUUCUAUUGAGGCUCUAUGCCGGGGUUAUCCUACAGAAUUUGCAUCUUACUUCCAUUACUGUCGUUCACUACGAUUUGAUGACAAGCCAGACUAUCCCUACCUCAAGAGAAUAUUUCGUGAUCUUUUUAUUCGUGAAGGUUUUCAGUUUGAUUAUGUGUUUGACUGGACCAUUUUGAAGUAUCAACAAUCACAAAUUGCCACUCCUUCUCGUGCUAUUGGUCCUGGUGCUGGAACUAGCUCAGGGAUGCCCCCCGCAAUUGCAAAUGCUGACAGACAAUCAGGUGGUGAGGAAGGAAGACCAGCUGGGUGGUCUACAAUGGAUCCUUCCCGUAGGAGAGUCCCGGGACCUGCUAUAAAUGCUGGAACCUUAUCUAAGCAGAAGGGCCCAGUUGCAAAUGAUUCAUCAGUGACCAAAGAUGCCAUGUUGCCUGGUUCUACCUUUCUGGGGCGGCCAAGUGGAUCUUCAAGGCGAGCUGCUGUUUCUAGCAGCCGGGAUGCAGCAGUGCUGGGCAGCGAGUCUGAUCCUUCUCGCCCUCACACCACAGAAGCAAGCCCAGGAGCAUUCCGCAAAGUUUCAAGUGGGCAGAGAAGUUCACCUGUCGGUUCCUCAGAUCCCAAACGUACGUCAUCCGGCAGGAACACUACUAACAUAAAGAACUAUGAGACCACCCUCAAGGGUAUCGAGUCACUGCACUUUGACAAUGAUGAGAGGUUGCAUUAUUAGCUCUCUCUCUCUCUCUCUCUCUCUCCCCAUGCUCUCUCCCCCUCUCCUGUAAAUUGGAAACUGCUGCAGUACUUGCACCGUUGCACGCUUAAAGUGCAAUUGUUCCAUUUAGUUGUGUUUGAGGAAAGCCAUGAUUUGGAAGUAAUUGGAACCUAUAAGCUGACUAUGAGUAUGGUGGCCUUUGCUACGCAAUAGAAAAGCAUACAGGCACAAGGAGCUAAACUCAACUGGAUCCAAUUUGGGAAGAGUCUCAGUAUACGGAUUGGGUUGUCACUUGUCACUUUGUCAGCCACUCAGCCCAUGGUUUCACUCAUUUUUACAUGUAUCCCCCUCCCCCAAGUAUUAAAAAAGAAAAGAAAAGAAAAGAAAAUAUAUGGGAUUCUUCAUACUAAGCCAUGUAUACGGGAGGAAUAUUUCAACACUUUGUGGUGGCAUCAUCUUGCCAUUUGUAUUGCUUUUUUUUUGUUCAUUUUCCAACUUGCGUUUUUACAUGAAUACUCAGAUGUUUUGCGCCCGAUUUUAGGGUAAUGUCAUGAAAACUCCGUAUUGAGUGCA